AGAAGACUUGCACGUGCACUUGCCACAACUGAGCCCACUGCCCUGAGUGUGAGAUUGCCCUACGGUGUUGUGAAAUCGACCGUCUCUGAACUCUAGAAGCGGAGUAUUGAUGAAGAGCCACAUGAGCUUAAAAUAGACGCAAAUCCCAAGGAAUAUAUUGAAGGAUGACGGUGUCUGGCUGCCUUUUCGUGCACUAUGAUCGCGCUGGAAUGGUGACAAGCAUUGAUCCCACAUCUCCCAUAAAUCCCACGACACGCCUUAUCAUACUCCGUACCGAAAUCCUGUAUGAAGUUCAUACGGUAGCCGUUAGUCCUCUACUUCAGAUUGGAGGAUCGCAACAACGAACCCAUCAUGUCCGUGUUCAAGAGAUUGGUUCGCUUUAACUACCGCACACGGAUCCAUUAUGGGGAUCUUAUCAACGUGGUCGGAAAUAAAUACACAGUUAGGAGAUUGGAAGGGAGUCUUUCUACCAGUCCCAAGAAAACAGGAGAUGUUCUAACCGUUGGCUCGCUCGAAUGCCCAAUCGAACGCACGCCGAUCGUGCAAUGCAUCGGGGUAAAUUACAGACAGCACGCAACGGAAGCAAGCUUACCAAUUCCCAAAUAUCCAGUAGUUUUCACCAAGCCAGCAGAUUCGCUCGCCGGACCGUUUGAGAAGAUCGAAAUCCACCCCGACGCGCGCGAUCAACUUGACUUCGAGGGUGAAUUAGCCGUUGUCAUUGGGAAAGAUGCGAAGGAUGUUGAGGAAUCUGAAGCCCUAGACUACGUCCUGGGAUAUACAGCUGGGAAUGACCUUUCUGCACGAAACUUCCAGUUGCCAGAGGCCAGCGGGGGCCAGUUUUGCUUUGCGAAAUCGAUGGACAAAUUCGCACCAAUUGGCCAUACCAUCGUCGCAGCGCACGAGAUUGUCGACCCCCAAGCGCUGAAAUUGAUUACCAGGGUCAAUGGCGUGGUGAAGCAGGAAACCAGUACGGGGGACAUGAUCUGGACGGUUCGGCAGAUCAUCAGUCAUCUGUCUCGUGGGACGACUCUCCGUAGGGGCACCAUCAUCAUGACUGGAACCCCAUCUGGGGUAGGCUUCUUCCGAAAGGAGCUCCUCCAACAUUCUGACGUCGUCGAGGUGGAGAUUGAAGGAUUCGCUGCGACCAAGAACCGUAUAGCACACUACUAA